AUGGCAAUCGAGUUAGUCCUAUUCAUCCUCUUCCUUGUUUUGGUUUUCUUAAUCUCCAGACACUUUCGUGUGAACCACCUUCUUCCUCCGAGCCCGUUAGCCUUGCCCAUCAUCGGCCAUUUCCACCUCCUCAGCCCCCUCAUCCACCGCUCCUUCCACGACCUCUCCCUACGCUUAGGUCCUGUAUACUCUCUUCGCCUUGGCUCUGUCCCAUGCGUCGUGGUUUCGUCACCGGAGGUGGCAAAAGAGUUCCUCAAAACACACGAGCUCUCCUUCAUGAACAGGACUGCAAAUAUCGCAGCUGCAAGCAUGACCUACAAUGCUUCGUUUGCAUUUGCAUCCUAUGGUCCGUAUUGGAAGUUUGUUAGGAAGCUCAGCACCAACGAGCUCCUCAGCAGCCUAAGUGUAGACAAGUUUCUUCCCAUUCGAAACCAAGAGUACGUGAGGCUUCUUAGACUGUUGGCCAAGAAAGCCGAGGCGUGUGAACCUGUCAACCUCAGUGAAGAGCUACCGAAGGUCGGCCACAACAUUAUGGGGAAGAUGAUGCUGGGGAAAUAUUCAAAUGAUUCGCGGGCGGCGAGGUUUAGGGUUGUGGUCCGAGAGUGUACCAAGAUUUUCGGAGAGUUCAAUUUCAGUGAUUUUAAUUGGAUUUGGAAGAAGUUCGAUGUGCAAGGAUUCCAGAAGAGAAUCGAUGCCACGCAUAACAAGUUUGAUGCAUUGGUGGAGGAGAUAAUUGAUGAACGUGAAGAGUUGAGGAAGAUGAAAACUAAUGGAGGCAACAAUACUGGUGCUGAAGAAAAGGAUGUCAUGGGCUUUCUUGAAGUAUUGCUUGAUAAGGAAGAGGAGUGUAAGAGCACUACUAAGAAUUUCGAAGUCGAUUUUUCAAGAAAUCAUGUUAAGGGUCUCAUUACGGAUAUGUUUACGGCUAGCAUAGACACGACCUCUAUUACAAUGGAAUGGGCUCUAGCAGAGGUCAUCAAUCACCCAGAGGUGCUCAAGAAAGCAAGAGAAGAGAUGGAUCGAGCAGUUGGAACAGAAAGAUUAGUCGGAGAGUGGGAUCUUCCAAAUCUUCCAUACAUCCAAGCCAUCCUGAAAGAAACACUCAGGCUGCACCCACCCUUGCCUAUAGUUCCAAGAAUAUGCACAGAAGAGUGCAAGGUUGGCAAGUAUGUCUUUCCAGAAAAGACAUUGUUAUUUGUGAACACUUGGGCUAUGGGAAGGGAUCCUAAGAAUUGGGAAAACCCCUUGGAGUUUAGGCCUGAAAGGUUCUUACAACUCGAUGGGAGUGACCCGGCAAAUGGAACAGAUGUUAGAGGUCAACAUUAUCAUUAUCUUCCAUUUGGGUCUGGAAGGAGGAUAUGUCCUGGCUUAACCUUAACAAUGAAAAUGCUACCUACACAGGUUGCUGUUAUGAUUCAAUGCUUUGAUUUCAAAAUUGGAGGAACACAAUGCGAAAAUACUAGUAAUGAUAAGGUUCUUGAAAUGGACGAAGGACCUGGAUUAACAGUUCCAAGGGCUUCUGAUCUCGUUUGUUUUCCAAUUGCCCGCUUCAGCUCACUGCUCGAAUAUCCUUGA